AUGGUUGAAUGUGGAUGCUUAGCUUACUUGGCUGUAACACUUUUGGUUGCAGGUUUCCUUUACCUCACCUAUAACGGUUUACUUUACCCGAUCGUCCUGAGGACUGCUAAACCGCCCUAUAUCUGCAACCAACUGAGUGUUUUUUACAAAGUUCAUGUUGGAGCAUAUCGUAAUGUUGGCACGAUCUUUGAUGAAGCUAGGAAAUUGCUUCCCAGCUCGGAUGGAUCUACACUAGGCAUCUAUUAUGACGAUCCGAAUACGGUAAAAGAGGAAAAUUGCCGAUCGGUCGUUGCAGCUGUUGUAGGUGAAAAUGGUUCUCCCAUCGACGCUAGUGUCAAGCAGAGAUAUUUGCAAGCAGGGUUUAAACAAUAUGAGCUUCCGGCAGUUACACAAGCGGUGUUUUGUUAUUUUCCAUUUAAAGGAAUUGUGUCUAUAUUAAUAUCAGUAAUCAGAGUAUACCCGAAAUUGGGCAAAUACAUUCAGGAGAAUAAAUUGACGGCAUUCCCGAUGAUGGAGGUUUAUGAUAAGCAAACGGUAGCCUUUAUCGCACCAUUGGAACACCAGAAGUUCUUCUAUCCUCCAGGCAUUGAAGUUCCAAAAGAGUGA